GCGCAAAGACCGUUUGAAUUCAAACGGCAUUUGCGCGGAUAGCCUCGCCGUGACCCCUCUCUCAACCACAAGUUGACGACGGACGACACCGACGCGCGACGAUCCGCGUCGGAACGUCGGACCCGACGCGACCCCGAACCGGCCCUAGUCAUAUCCACCGCACCGUACGCGACACUACGCUUCGCCGUUCCGUGCCCCCCUAUUCACUUGUCAUCAUUAUUUUUUUUUAAUAUUAUAUUUGUUUUUUUGUGUUUUUCAACACCUCCCCCGAGGUCAAUAAAACAUCGACAUUUCAAACCCCUAUUUUUGUGUUGUUAUUUCUCCCGUGCUUACCCGAUCAACAUCCUCUCUUCCCCAAGUGUUCCGUUCACCAACAAUCCGACGCUAUCUCACCACCACAUCGUGACAACCACAGGUACGCGUCAAAUUGGUUCCCCGAACUGGAAUUACCGUCGACAACAACAACAUGGAGCCACAAUCUGCAGCCACCACCCCCCUACAGCAAGCCGCAGAACUGCUGGAACGCAGCAAGCAGUUACUACAGGUAGCUAACACGGAGGCAGCCGCCCACGCGACUACGGCAGCACAGGUGGGCAGGAUGUCCACUGCAGAGCUAUGCCGGGACCCGGUACUAUGGGCAGCCUACACCCGCGGGUGGGACGACCGCACGUCGGUCUUCCGCAAGGCGACCAACGUGGGUCCGACACCCACGGCAACCGACAGGUCCCGGAGCCCGGCUGGCACACCGCGAUCGCCCCCGAUACCGCAGUCCGCACAACUGAUCCGGCCACCCCCCCAACCAAUCAUGGCAGCAUCGGUCCCACGACUGAGAACAUCCGUACCACCGUCCGUGUCGAACACAUUGGAGCCAAAGAGGGCAAAAACGACACCAAAAGACUCGCGGCGGCGCCGGAACCAAGCACGAUGGCGGAAAUUCUGGGAAAAGAAGAAGACUGCCAACCUCACCACCUCCCAACAAUUCGCUUUGGAGAAACCGGCACCCCCAACCUCCCAACCGGCAACACGUCCAGAGUCGCUGGAGGCGACCGACACACCUGUCCCCGAGGACAAGGCACCGGAGGUAGCAAUGCCUACCGGAAAAGCCGAGGCCAUGGAGCAACCAGCCACCGACUCCCCAAAACCGGUCAAUAUGGAAAUAUCACCGGAUGAGGAGGCGGAGCUGCUGUGCGACAUGGAUGUCGGUCCCCCAAAUGACGUGGACAUGGAAACCGUGUUCCGGAACAUACACCCCGCCCCCACGACACCACCACAACAUGGGUAGACAGGCCGGAGUGCGACCUCUGCACCCAGCCGGAAUACCCCCCCUCCGGAAACUGUCUACGCCAGCCACCCACCCACCCACACAGCCACCGGAAGCGGCCGGACAACCGCUGUCACUGGUGGUUUUGGGGGGGGGGAGUAUGACGCGGCCCCGCGCAAAGACCGUUUGAAUUCAAACGGCAUUUGCGCGGAUAGCCUCGCCGUGACCCUUCUCUCAACCACAAGUUGACGACGGACGACACCGACGCGCGACGAUCCGCGUCGGAACGUCGGACCCGACGCGACCGCGAACCGGCCCUAGACUAAUUAGUCAUAUCCACCGCACCGUACGCGACACUACGCUUUGCCGUACCGUGCCCCCCUAUUCACUUGUCAUCAUUAUUUUUUUUUAAUAUUAUAUUUGUUUUUUUGUGUUUUUCAACACCUCCCCCGAGGUCAAUAAAACAUCGACAUUUUAAACCCCUAACUUUGUGUUGUUAUUUCUCCC